AGCCUGCGGCGCGCUGACGGAGCGGUCCAUCGCGGCCUUCACACGCUGCUCGUGAAGGGCUUUUAGGGGCGUGGCCGCUCGUGGCUCCGCUCGCUCUUGCUACCCCGGGCUGAGCGGGGAGGUGGUGGUGCUUGGUGGCGAUGGCGGCGCGGGUUCUCGUGGUAGGCGCGGGGCCUGUGGGAGCGAUUAUCGCGGCGCUGCUCGCGAGGCGAGGGAGCGGCUGCGCGGUGCGCCUGUGGGACAAGGCCCGGGGCCCAGGUGGAAGAAUGAGCACAAGUAGAAGCCCCAACAAUGAAUCCUGUUCAGCUGACCUUGGAGCACAAUACAUUUCUGCCACACCAGCGUAUUGGCUGGAACAUGAGAAGUUUUACGAGGAGCUCCUAGAUAGGGGAAUACUUUAUCCCCUUCAAUCACAAGUCGACGGGAUGAAGGAGUAUGAAGAGAACAUCCGGCACUUCAUUGUUCCAGAAGGGACUUCUUCUUUGGUGAAAUACUAUCUUCAGGAGUCAGGAGCAGAGGUGCUGUAUAACCACCACGUGCAGCGAGUCCAUCUCGGUGAUGGGGUGGUGACGGUCGAGAAUCGGGACGGCUCAUCGGCCUGUGUCGAUACUCUCAUCCUCACCAUGCCUAUCCCACAAAUCCUGCAGCUGCAGGGCAACCUGCAGGCCAUGCUGAAUGCAGAUCAACGCAGAGCCCUGGAGAUGGCCACUUAUUCCUCGCGGUUUGCACUGGGCCUUUUCUAUAAUUCUGAUGCUGACUUUGAAUUCCCCUGGACUGCCAAAUAUGUCUCGGAUAACUCCGUCAUACGUUACAUCGCUGUCAACAAAAAGAAACGAAGUCAAGAAUGUGGUUCAGUGGGCCCUUCCCUGGUGGUCCACACGAAUGUGGCAUUUGGACAAAAGUACGUGGAUGAAGAUGUGAAUGUGGUGCAGCCCUUCAUUCUGGCAGAACUGAACAGGCUCCUGCCCGGGCUGCCUCAGCAUGCCUACGGAAAGUGCCACAAGUGGCGCUAUUCCCAGGUGACCAGGCCCGUUGGUGGGAGCGCAGGACAUAUGGUUCUGAGUGCGGAGCCUCUCAUUCUGUGUGCAGGAGACGGUUUCACUCAUUCCAACUUUGAUGGCUGUGUCAAGUCAGCCCUCUCGGCCGUUGAGGCUUUUAAAUCUAUAUUUUUAGAUGGAAAGUCUGGACAUUAAAUACCCACAUGCUGAUGUUUUCCAUUAAGAGAUGUCAGAUGCAAUUUAUUCUCUGGCAUAAUGUCAUGGAAACCAUUGCUGUAACAUCUUCUGCUUUUUUGAUAUCCGCAGUACAAGAUAAGCUAAAAUUGUGAAUUUAAUGCAAUAAUAUAUAUUUUAACAUUUUUAGGCAUCCAGCAAAGAAAAUUCAUUUUAUGAAACAAUAACGUGGUUCAGCCUGAUUUUUUUAUGAACGAAAAUGGUACGUUUGUGCAUUCUUGCACAUUUCACAAAUGCCUUGCAUGUAUUACUUUUCCCAAAUCUAAACGUCCAUCGUCAUCAUGGUAGACAUGCAAUGUGAUGAGCAGGAUCUCCCGAAGGUAGUGGCCAAUGUCGCAUGGCUAUACAACCGUGGGGAGCCCUUGUCUAGAUCUACGGAAAUCAGGGUAGCCUCAGAAACCAGUGGUAUCCACAGCAGAGCAGCGGCACUGGAAACUCAUAAUCUCACCAUAGGGUGAUGAGAAUCUAUGAGGUCAACAGCAUCGGAAUCUUACCCACCGCCUGCCAUUGCGCCUUGGCUUGAGCCUUAGUGAAUUCCUGUGUGGUUUCCAAUGUCACCAAUAUUGGUAAGGUUUCCAUUGCCAACCCGGGUUCCUCGGUAGCUUUAAAACGUGAGUAAGCAGACCCUCGUCAUAGCUGGGUUAUGUAUGUAUAUGUAUGUUGAACUUCUUUCACACUGUACGUAGCCAACCGCGAUAAUCAGAGGUGAUGAUGAUAAUAUCACGUAAAGGAAAAAAUUACAUUAAUUGAAAUUUGAAGAUAAUCAGAUGACCAGUAAGGUUUGAACAAGGUCGGCACACUUGAAGUAAAGAUUCUGAUUGUGUGAGUGCUGUACCAAGUGGUCUUUCUGAAUUUCUCGUGCCAGUUUUUGCUGUGAUUUCUAUUUGCUUUGAUUGCUGUCCUUUUAUUUUAUUUUGGUGACCCGGGUCACUCUUGCAAAUGAGACCAUUGUUGUGUAUUCAUCUCUUACCUGGUUACACAAAAUAAACUUGAACCUGAUG